CGCGCGGACUAGCAGAAGCCGGCUUCCCCAGAGGUGGGGUCACCGGCGCGCGCACCCACUUCAGCCCGAACCGUUCCUCCCGAGACGAGCCCGCGGCCGGCCCCGCUGCAGUGUGCGCUUGAGAGCCCAUGCCCUCCGGCGGAGCCUCCUUAAGUAGGGCGAUAACGCCAUGGUCCAGCCUCUCGCCACCUCGCCCUCCGGGCCCCGGACCUGCUCUCCUCGGUGGGACCCGGGGCAGCGUGGCGCCGCGCCCUCCGCGCGCUCCGGAACCUUAACCUGUCCCUGGGUUGCCAGUUCACGCGACGGUAGGGGCCGCGGUGGAGCCGAGUCGAGGGACAGACAGGAGCCCUCCCGCCCCUGCGUGUUGACCGGGAGCUGCCUUCCCCACCUCUCCCCCCUGGCCUCUGGAGUCCCUGGUUUGGUUUUUCCCCGCCUGAGGCGUGCAUUAUGGUUUUCUAAAUAUAUAUAUUCGCCCCACCGCAUUAUUUGCUGUGCUCUGGAGUGGCGAGGUCUCCGGGUGGCGUUUCCCUUUUCCUCCUGCCCCGGGAGGAAUGUCACCGGCAAACCCAACGGCGGACAAGGGCAGUUUCUGUGUCGAGGCGUGGGCCAUACAGUGAGGGUCUAUUCUUCACCCAGCGUCCAGAGGCUGUCAGAAGCCGGCUGCGCCGGGGGUCCGAGCCGCAGGCUGGGAGAGGCUCCCGCUCACUGGCGGACGGUAUCACACACACAAACUUACCUUCCGACCGUGCUGAAUGGGGUCCUUGCAUUUCCGAGGAUGGGGAGUAUAGCCCUGUUUGUUUCUGUGCUGAGGAAAAAUAAGCAAAAGUACAAAGUACUUUUUCAUGACCUUAGGCCAGAAUCUGUACAUUUCAGGCAGGUCCAUAGGAGCCUGGCCAUAGGAGGCCGGGGUGAGAAAUAAGAAAAGGGAAGAUAAUGAAGUCCAGCGAUGGACUUUUAAGUCAAUGGACUGGAUUUUUUGUUGAGCAGGUAAAUGACAAAGAGGAGAAAAGCAGAGAUUUUUUUUUUUCAAAGUCUACAUUGUAUUAGUCCAGGUUUUCUCAAAUCGUGAGUCGCUAAUUAGUAAGUCCUAGCAGUGAUCUAUUGAGUCAAAGCUAGUAAUGUAUAAAUAAUAUGGAAAGACUGAAAAGCAGAGCAUAUCACACACAAAGUGAGAGUUAACAGUUCUGAUAAGUCUUGGUGCAGUCAAACCUGCAGGCUGACUACCUGAUGCGUGCUGUCUCACUGCUCCUUGCGGCGGAAGCUUGAACGCCGCUGACACUGCUGGCUGCAGCCCAGGGCUACUCGCCCGGUCGGAUUUCCAGGGGAUCUUAGGGACCACCUAGCAAUCCCAUACUUUCCCAGCUGUGCCAUGAUGAAGCUGGAGAAGAAGACAGAAUAGGAAGGGGAAGGGGCGGAGGCCAGUGGGCAUUUUUACAUCCUUUCUUUAGUAUUUCAACAAAUACGCUUUCGGCAGCCCCUUUGUCCUAGGCCCAGUGCUGGAAACUAGGAAUUCAGUGAUGAACAAUUUGUAGAAUCCUGGGGACAAACAGAUGUUAAACAUGAAAGUAACUAUAUGUGUGAAAAUAAUCUGGAGGAGAAUAGGAGAGAGAAAAAAAAACACAGGUUCAUCAUUUAGAUGGGGGAAGGUG